UUUCAACACUACUAUAUAACAAAUAAUUUGAGGUUAUAGGCGAUCGUGAUAUCCGGACAGAUGGUUGUUGAACUUAAUCAGGAGACUGAGUUCUACACCUUCAAUCCAAUCCAAUCUCAUAAACCUCCACUUAAGCCAAUCCGGUUUAGUGAACGUGACGAUGAAAAGGAGAGAAGAAACAAGGGUAAAGAUAAGAGGAUAGCUAUAUCUCUUAUCGUCUUAUCAUUCUUAGCUUCCGUUUGUGUGUUGUUUGGUACACUCUACCCGGAGAUGUACCGUGCAGAGAUUGACAUGAGACCUUGGAGGGGAAUUAUUCAGGCGUCUGUAAAAACACAGGGCUGGCUCAUUAAAGACAGGAUAACAUUAGUUAAUGUUGGCAUGUGGAGGUACUGUUACGACGAUCAGUUUUACGAUCUCAUUGAAGUAACAAAUCCUCAGUUCUCCAUGCUUGGACGCAGGAGAAGGUCAGCUGAUAAUGAGGAGGAGGAGAUGCACGCCGUUGAGAAAAGACAAGUCGUGAGGGAAGGCGACAUUUCUAUCAGAUGCCAUCCCCUUCCUAAACCCUGGAAAAUGCCAUACCAUUUGAGACAAAAAUUGGCAGUAACAAAAGCCAUGCUGAUUAUCGGUACAGUGACGUGUAUUCUAGCUUUCCUUAUCGGCAUUCUGGUACUGAUAACACGCUUGUCUUGCCUUAAGCUUCUCCUUCUUAUCCUAUGUUUUCUGGCAGCCGCGUCCCUUGGUACAGCAAUUGGACUGCGUGUAGCUACUAAGGGUCAUGCUCAGCAAUAUUUCAACGAAGCAAUGAGCAGAACUCUGGCCAAAAUGCUUUCUGAAGAGUUUGACCUGAAUUUCCUCGAGAUGGGUAUCAACCUGCAAAAAGCUGACUUGAUAAAAUUUACGCCCGGAGUUUGUUUCGUGUUCAUUGUUGGGGGUUGUUUUGUCAUGCUUAUUUCAACUAUACUUGCUGAGUUGGCCCGAAACCUAGGCUGAACGCAACAUUUCUCACUACAUGAAAAGUGUACACACCAUCAGACGUUGACCCCUUUCUCACAAUUCUCCGAUUCAACUUAUCUGAUAUGAUGUGUUUCAAAUAUACGCCAGAAAAUGUCUAGAUACAAACUUUUAGGGUUCAAUCAAAGCUUAAGUUAAAUAUUGUUUAAUAUUGUAUGAUAUUAAAUUGACGUCAGAUAAAAUGCACGGGCACAUGCUGCAUGAAGUUUGAGUUUGAUUGCCUCUUCUACUUUUUUCUUUUAUCUUUGAUAUCUUUGAACAGAAUAAUAUUUUGAUUUUCAGGAGAUCAAAUUUUUACAUAAAAUAUUUUAUUGGUUUCAGAAAUGCUUUUUAUUAAUUUUUAAGUCCCGAUUUAUCGGAACUCUCAUGGAAAUUUAAGUUCGGUGACCCAAUGGUACUAGUAAAUAUCAGUGUUGUACAACUCGGUAGUAAUAUCUUUAAAAUUAUUAGAA